CUCUAUCGCCAGAAGAAGUCAAGAAUGAAGACUUGAGAGGAAACUUCAGAAACCAAGUUGGACCUAAGAGGCAGAAAAGAAGCCACAUCAUCCAGAAGAGGGGUAAACCCAUUCCUUGCCAAGGGGGGGAUUUCCAAGAAGUAAUUCACACAGCAAAGAAAACAUACAAGUGCCUGACGUGCGGAAUGAAUUUCUCCAAUCAAUCCCAGUAUAAUGUCCAUUUACGAUUGCACAGUGGAAAGAAGACCCAUCACUGGUUGGAAUGUGGAAAGACCAUGAGGAGCAGAGCAGAGCUCCUUAGAGAUCAAGGAACACAAAGAGGAGAGAGACCAUAUAGCUGCUCAGACUGUGGCAAGAGAUUCUCAGAGAAAUCAGACCUCGUUCAACACCAAAGGAUUCAUACAGGAAGGAAGCUACUUAUUUGCUCAGGGAGUGGAAUGAAGUUCUCUGUGGGAGGCAAAGGUAAUAUACAUUUUCCAAAGGACUAUAUAAUGAAUGCAUGUAAAUGCUUUUCAUGUGGAAACUACUUUAAAUACAGAUCACAGCUCCUUGUGCACCAACGAAUCCACAGAGGGGAGAAGCCUUUUCAAUGCUUAGAGUGUGGGAAGAGAUUCAGUCAUGGUGGCCAUCUUCAAGAACAUUUAAGAACUCACACAGGGGUGAAGCCAUUUGAAUGCUCAGAAUGUGUGAAGAGAUUCAGUCAGAGUAGUCAUCUUCAAGCCCAUCUAAGAACCCACACAGAGGAGAAGCCUUUUGAAUGCUCAGAAUGCGGGAAGCGAUUCAGUCGCAGUAGCCAUCUUCAAACCCAUCUAAGAAUCCACACAGGGGAGAAGCCUUUUGAAUGCUCAGAGUGUGGGAAGAGAUUCAGUGACAAUAGAACUCUUCAAACUCAUCUAAGAAUCCACACAGGGGAGAAGCCUUUUGAAUGCUCAGAAUGUGGGAAGGGAUUUACUCAGUUUGGCCAUCUUCAAACCCAUCUAAGAACCCACACAGGGGAGAAGCCUUUUGAAUGCUCAGAAUGCGGGAAGAGAUUCAGUUGCAGUAGCCAUCUUCAAACCCAUCUAAGAACCCACACAGGGGAGAAGCCUUUUGAAUGCUCAGAGUGUGGGAAGAGAUUCAGUGACAGUAGCAUUCUUCAAACUCAUCUAAGAACUCACACAGGGGAAAAGCCUUUUGAAUGUUCACAGUGUGGGAAGAGAUUCCGUCACAGUGGCACUCUUCAAACCCAUCUAAGAACCCACACAGGGGAGAAGCCUUUUGAAUGCUCAGAAUGUGGGAGGAGAUUCAGUCGCAGUGGCUCUCUUCAACUUCAUCUAGGAACCCACACAGGGGAUAAGCCUUUUGAAUGUUCUGAAUGUGGGAUGGGAUUCAGACAGAGUAGCCGUCUUCAAAGACAUCUAAGAACCCACACAGGGGAGAAGCCUUUUGAAUGCUCAGAGUGUGGGAAGAGAUUCAGGCACAGAAGCACUCUUCAGGUACAUCUAAGAACCCAUACAGGGGAGAAGCCUUUUGAAUGCUCAGAGUGUGGGAAGAGAUUCAGGCACAGAAGCACUCUUCAGGUACAUCUAAGAACCCAUACAGGGGAGAAGCCUUUUGAAUGCUUAGAGUGUGGGAAGAGAUUCAGUUGCAGUGGCGCUCUUCAUACCCAUCUAAGAACCCACACAGGGGAGAAGCCUUUUGAAUGCUCAGAGUGUGGGAAGAGAUUCAAUCAGAGUAGCUAUCUUCAAAAACAUCUAAGAACCCACAAUGGGCCCAAGGUCACAAGCAUGUUUUCUGGCAGAAUAGCAUUUGAACUUGGGUCUCCCAGAUCCUAGCCGAAUGCUCUAACUGGUACACCGUGCUGGCUGUCAUUCUUAUGUGACAAAUGGGGUCACAUAAGAAUGACUCCAGAGACAGUCUGUACCCUGUUGAAAAGAGGUUUAGGUAUGUCAUCGAUAGUGAAAAACA